AUACCUAACGGAGAAACCGUUGCUCUUGCGCGGUUGUAUGGGUAAGGUAGGCUUUUUACAUCCUAUUUAGAAUUCGCGACCCAACUUAAUGUCUAUUCUCAAUGGCCUAGCCAUGCGACAGCACGACGAGGGCAAGUGCCACAUUUGCAAGCGGAUUUUUUGUUGCGGCAAAUGCCGCCAGAAACAUCAAUUCAACGCUCACGCCAUUGCUGUCCGAGAGCCAUUGGGUGGAAACUCCAGCGCCGGCAGAAUCACCGAGCACCGCAUGGAAAUGGAGUCGGGCGUAACUACCAUCUAUGUGUUCUGUCCCAUUUGUGAGCAGAGGCCGCUGCUGCUCCAAGAGGAAAUGCACGGCGAACUGCUGGCCCACAUCGAGACCUGCCAUUUGCCGCUGCGGUGCCGUAAGUGCAAGCGCAACUACACACACAUCGCUGAUCUACGAGAGUUCAGCAAGUGUGUGGACCGGCAGCAGGACUGCUCGGGUGCCAGUACCAUCAACGAUCAAACCUGCGACACAGAGGCCUCCAAGGUGACUGUAAAGCCGAAUGCUAAUUGCGCCAUCAAUAGCACCACCAUCUCCACGCAAACGUCGCCGGGCGUGACGCCCAUUUCAGUGAUCAAUAUGCACUGGAAGGCUAAAAACCGCAUUACCCACGAGGAGUUCAUCAGCGAUAGCGUCUCCUCAAUUCGGAAUCUCUCCUCAUUCUCCUCCUGCGGCAACAGCUCGAUUCGACGCUCCAUUGGCCAGUUGGUUGUGAAUCCGCCGGAAACAGUGGUGAAAGGAAAAGUUAUCAGGUCAACGUCGACGCCACUACAAGUAGAAUCGGUGUUUGCCAAGCCCAAGGAGCCAAUUACCUUCAACGCCUCUAAUGGCGGCCAUGUGUCCAGCAUUUACCAGGAAGAGUUGAGUCCCGCCGCCGAAAAUAAUCUCGUUCAACAGCCGUUACAACAGCGUGCCUGGAAAAUGAGCGGCCGCAACAAAAUGAGCGCUGCGACGCCGCUGCGUCAGGUGAUGUCCAAGAGCAUCCAGAAGGCCUUCGUGGAGCAUGGCGGGAUGCUGGGGCAGCCCCCGCCCGGAGUAGUUCAACGACGGGUGCGACUGGACCUUAGCGAUCACAACAGUUACUCCACAGAAGGCGGUCCAGCUGCAGGAGGAUCCUCCGCCUUGGACUUACGACUCUCUCCGGCCAUGCGACGCACCCAAAGCGAAUCCAGUGCCUCCGGAGCCAGCUCCACAUCCUGCUCGCAAGCCGGCGAUCCCUAUAAGCGGCAGUUGAUCCUCUCCGCGCAAAAGCUAACUACCGAAUCGAUCAUUAUCACCAGGACAAACUCUAAUUUGCGUGAGACCUCCUCCACGGUCUACAACUCCUGCGAGAGCGUCGAGAUCAUCCGCUCUACCUCGGAGUCAGCGGAGUUGCACGUGCCACCCAUUACACCUCUUCGGGUCUCCGGAACUGGAAUUAACAAAAAGCAGAUCAAGUUCGAGACUCCGCCGAAGAACAGGCUGCUGUUAAAGGCCAUGAACCAUGGAACUGGAGAUGGCGAAGAAUGCGAAGAGAGCAGUGAGCAUUUUUAUACACCGAAUCCAGGCACUCCCGAGCCCCAGGAACGGAGACGUCAGGCUAGUGUGGCACGCCAGCUGAGCGGGGAGUUCUCGCCCAAUAAGGAAAAGGCCAAGGAGGCCCCGAUUUCCUUGAAGUCACCGCCACUGCAAUGGCCCCGGACACGUCCUCCGCUGCGAGAGUGCCAACAGGCAAAGGCCUUUAGUGGUGUCCAGGACGUUGGCGAAACGGAGGACGAUGAGGAUGAGGUGUUCCUGCCAACUAACGCGUCCACUCGCAAUGACAAAAAACAGGAUCCGGGCACUGGGCGUCUGUGGUCCCUUAUGAGCUCCAUGAUGCGGCUGCCGGCCAGCCUGCGCGGCGACAAAGAGAACGCCACCACGGUUUCAGGCUCUCUCAUCCGUCGCUGUGCCUCCAUAGCCGGCUCCUUGGUGCGGCCUGGUAGCCGGGAUGCCGGCGAAAAGGCAGACGCCCAUCCGCUGAAGCGAAAGCGCACGCAAACGCUGGACAACCAGUACAACAGCGAUCUGUCGCCAUCCAGUGCCUCCACAUCGAAGCGGUACCGCAUCCGACCCAGAGAUCCCAUCGAGCGCAUGCGUCAACACUAGAAAUCAAUGAUCAAUUUAAUUUUUAAGUCAAAUUUAUGUUUUCGUUCCGUUUUUUUUUAAUAAAUAUUGGUCUCUUGUAUUAACAGUUA